AUGAAAUUAUCAAUACCACAACAAUUUUGGACUAAAUUAUUUAUUAUAUUAAAUAGUUGUUUUGUUAUAUUUGGUAUUGUAUUAUUUGCAUUAGGUAUUAAAGGAUUAGAUACAUUACAUAAAUUUGGUACAAUAUUCCAUGGAAUUAUACCAUCUAUUAUACCAACAUCAAUUUUUAUAGGAUGCCUUAUAUUAAUAGGUACAAUAAUUGGUUAUAUUGGAUUAUGGAAACCGAAACAAUUAAUUGUAAUAUUGCAUAUUAUAUGUUUAUGUCUUGCAGUAAUUAUUGAAAUUUCUAUAGCAACAGCAACAUGUACUUCAGGAGAUAAAUUUCAAACAGUUGCAAAUAAUUCAGUUUUACAAGCUGUAAAACAAUUUUAUACAAUUCCUAAUAUUCAAGUAGAAAUGGAUAAAUUACAAAAUAAAUUCAAAUGUUGUGGAGCUACAUCUUAUUUGGAUUAUGUUAAAUCAAAUAAAACUGUACCAUUCUCAUGUUUUAUUGGUACAUUAGUUUAUGCAACAGGUUGUGUAGAAGCAUUCAAUGAUUAUGCUCAACAUUAUAUUAUUGCAUUAAUUACUAUGUGUUUUGUAUUUGGAAUUAUUAAAGCAAUUUAUGUAGUGAUCUCUAUUUGUUUAUUUAAAAAUUCAAUGAAUGCAAAAAAUACAUCCCCAUAAAUCUUAUUUAUUUAUUUAUUUAUUUACGUCUAUUACUCUUAAUGGACUAUAAACUGAUCAUCAUACAUUAAUUAUUAUUAUUAUUAUUAUCAUUAUUAUUAUUAUUUAAAUGAACAUGAUAAACUUCAGUGAUUUUCUUUUUUCUUUUCUUUUUCUUUUCUUUUCUUUUUUUAAUUGUUUACUUCAUACAACAACAAUAAUAAUAAUAAACAAUCAUGUCAUCAAUAUAAAUUAGAUCAUUAUUGAUUAAAAUAAUGUCAUAUUAUCAUAUUGGACGAUCUAUACUGCCAUGGAUAUUGUUAUUUAUUAUUCUUGGGUUAUUAUUAUAUAAUCAAUAAAAUUAAUGAUAAGAAUAAAACAUAUAUUGUUUUUCUUUUAUUAUUAUUUUUUCUAUUUUAUCAUAUAAAUAAUUGUUUACUUAAAUUAAUUGCUCUAACCGGACCCCAAACCAAUGGUGCACAUGGGCUGGCUCCGGUAUCCUGAAGGAACAAAUGGCGUAUGAACCAAUCGUUGGUCACCGGUUACCAUGGGACUACAUCUCCUCACGAUGCUCCACUGCCUUAUGGGUCAGACGUUCAGGUCGAAGGCUCGGGGUGUGGCCCCCUAAGAAAACCACCUGCUUCGGUUUGGGCACCCGAGCAGUAUCACAGCCCUCAUACAAAUCAAUUGAGAUUUGUGUGGCGCAUAUGUACUUGGUGCUUCCCUGUACCUAUACUUAUGUGUUAAAAUAAAU